AUGGCAUUUAGCUUUCCCAUUGGUAACUUUGCUGCAGACACAACAGGAGGAAAUAUAACCCCUCAUGUAAUCAUUGUAAACCCCGGUGAGGAUAUCGCUAGUAGAAUAUCAUCACUUUCUCAGGGUCCUCUGGGAGUUAGUAUUCUUUCUGCUACUGGUGUGCUCUGCAGUGUUGUAAUUCACGAACCUGGUCCUUGCGGUGGUACUAUGAAAUAUGAUGGUCGCUUUGAGAUUUUGCGCUUAUCUGGAUCAUAUACAUUUUCUGAAACGGGUGGUAUACGUCGCAUAAAUGGCAUGUUAAGAAUCUCAUUGGCCAAACCUAAUGGCAAUGUUUUUGGUGGUGUUGUCGUAGGUGCACUGAUUGCGGCCGAACCCAUACAACUCAUUGUUGGCAGUUUUAAGCAAAACAUCAGUAAGAAAAUCGAAAGGAGGCCCUCAUCUGAGUCCUCCACGGCUGCCGGUAUUCCUUGUGUUUCGGAUUCGAUUAGAGUUCCCAGUCAUAUUUCUGAUAUUACUGAUGGUGAUGAUAAUUGCACUACACCGACAUCUACAUUCUUGGAACCACCAGUCCAUGGAGGAUCUGAUUUCUUUGCUUUGAAUCAAAACAUGAACCCUUUUCCUCCAUAUAGCUUUGGUCUGGUUGCCCCACAACAGUUCAGAACAUUCCCUGACUUCGACCCCAGUUUCUCUCCUUAG